UUGGCCCAAGCUAAGCAGUUGAUUUUCAUUUUGGCAGCUUCACAUCUUCCUUUGCUCCAGCCAUGGCGGAUGCACUCACGACCGCUGGCACGGCCAUGUUCGACGACGCGGUCAUGGCCAAGAAGCUGCCGAGUGCGGUGCUGAAACGCUUCAAUGACUGCCUCAUCUCUGGAGAGCCCACGCCCGAAGAGGAUCAGAAGGUCAUUGCCGACUGCAUCUUCGAGUGGGCUCGUGAGUUGGGCGCCAUCGAUUUCGCCCAUUGGUUCUUCCCCCUCCGUGGCGGUGGUGGUGCGGUGGGAGGAAUGCUUGGAGCCUACAAGAAGGAUACACUCAUUGACCUGGAGUUCGGCUCCAAGUUUGUGACAAAGCCCAUGAAGGCCUGCUUGCCACAUGAGCGCUUGUUCCAGGGUGAGACUGACGGCUCAUCCUUUCCGAACGGUGGACUGCGGGUGACGCACUCGGCGGCGGCCUUCACCACCUGGGACCGGGCAUCCUUUCCCUUCGUGCAGGACAAAUGCUUGGUGAUUCCAUGUGCCUUCGUGACACAUUUUGGCAAGUGCAUUGACGAAAAGACUCCGCUGCUGCGUUCCAUGGAUGCGGUCACUGUGAGUGGAUUGCGGCUCUUGAAAGCCAUUGGCAUUGGCACCGAUGCCAAGGCCAUGUGCAGUUACCUUGGCUGGGAGCAAGAGUUCUUCGUCAUCUCUGCCGAUCACUACAAAGCUCGGCCUGACCUGGUGAACUGCGGUCGAACAUUGUUUGGCAAGCUGCCCACGCGACACCAGCAGGGAGAUCUGAACUACUUCCAACCAAUUCCAGGCAAAGUGCAAGACCUGCUGGACAUUGCUCAAGCGGAGAUGUUGAAGGUGGGCUGCCCCAUGGCGGUGAAGCACAACGAAGUGGCGCCAGGACAACAUGAGAUGUCUCCGGUCUUCCGAACGGCCAACGUCUCCUGCGACAGCAACGUGCUCUUCAUGGAGGUCAUGAACCGUGAGGCUCAAAAGCUGGGAUUGCAGGUUCUCUUCCACGAGAAGCCCUUUGCUGGCAUCAAUGGCAGUGGCAAACAUGCCAACUGGUCCAUUGGCACCGACACAGGCAUGAACUUCUUCUACCCUGGCAAGAAUGAGGCUGGUGCCAAGCUCUAUGUCACAGCCAUCGCUUGCCUGGCCUACGGCUUGGCACAGUACAACGAGAUGGUCCGCUGCACGGUGGCCUCUGCCGGAAAUGACCACCGCUUGGGCGCCCAGGAGGCCCCCCCCGCCAUCAUCUCCCUCUAUCCAGGUCAAGGCUUCGAGCAGUUCAUGGAGAGCAUCAUCUCUGGUGGGGAUUUGUUGGGCUACAAGGCGGAAAAGAAGAAACAGUCGACGGGUUGCAGCGCUGCCAUGCACAUCGAAGCCCCGGUGGAGGACAGGAAUCGUACUGCGCCCUUCCCCUUCUGCGGAAAUCGCUUUGAGUUCCGGGCCGUCGGCUCCUCACAGAAUUGCUGCUUCCCAGUGAUGGUUUGCAACGCCAUCAUGUCCGCAGGAAUGGCGCACCUGGCCAGCUUGGUUGAGGGCGGCAAGAGCCAUCGAGAUGCUGUGGCUGAGAUCUUCAAGGAGAACAAGCACGUGAUCUUCACAGGGAAUGGCUACUCCUCAGAGUGGCCCAUUGAAGCGAGCAAGCGUGGCCUCCCAAACCUCAACACCACGCCCAAGGCCAUCGCAACUUGGACCUCGGAGAAGAACAAGAAGCUCCUGGAGUCUUUGAAGAUCUACACGAUGGAGGAGACUGAGGCGCGUCAAGAAGUGAUGUAUGAGAACUACAUUUCCUCCAUGUGCUGUGAGGUGGAGACCAUGAUUCAAAUGACCGAGACAGGCAUCCUCCCAGCAUGCGCCAAGGACUUGGAGAAGUACAAGGGCUUCGACAAGUUGGCGGGCAGCCGCAAGAGUGUCUACGAGGCCAUCGUGGAGCAGUUGGAGAAGCUGAAAGCCUCCUUCAGCGCCAAGCCCCACAGCUCCCUGACUGAGGAGGCCGUCUUCCUGUGUGACACUGUGAAGCCACAGAUGGUGGCGCUGCGGGCGGCGGUCGACAAGGCGGAGAGCUUGCUUGAGAGUGGAUUGUACCCCUACCCGACAUACGAGACCAUGAUCUACUCGCACCACUUCUGAGCUACGCCAACCUUUUGAUGAUCGGUCUCUGCAACAGAAACGUGGAGUCGAUCCCAUCUUCCCGUGUGCGAAGAUUCGCGCAACGAAUAGUGCAGUACGCUGUUGGUGGAGCUGGCACUGCUGUACUAUCGAUUUUAAAGCCUUUGCUCCAGCUUGUGCUGUUUUUGGACAUGUUGCAGCCAAGCAACCAUAUUUGCGACGAUUUGAGAGAAA